GAGAGAAGAUCCUGGAACUCACCAACAAGAUGACUGAGCUGCUGACUGGAGAGGUUUCUAUAAGGUGUCAGGAUGUCACCAUCUAUUUCUCCAUGGAGGAGUGGGAGUAUUUAGAAGAACACAAAGAUCAGUACAGGAACAUCACGAUGGACGAUCACCGGACCCCCACGUCAACAGUUACGGAAGAGAUAAGAACACCAGAGAGAUGUCCCAGUCCUCUUCUCCCACAAGAUGAUCAGCUUGUGAAUCCGGGUGAAGAUCUGAACAAUAUUGAUCCUACAGAGACCUAUGUGAGGGGUGAUGAGCAGAGCAUAGAGGACAUUCCUGCAGAUAACCGCCCAGAUAACUGUACUGGGAUCUCAGAGAAACAUCUGGUAUCUUUAGAUUUUGAAGUAGAUGAUUGUGGUAUCACACGAGAUACAAAUGGAGAGCAUGCCAGCAUCCAAGAUAUACCUUCAUCCAAUCACAGAAAAAAUGUAUCACUUGAUCCUUUUAAACAGGUCCGAUCUUCUGAUUCAUCACAGUCUGUAACACAGAAUAAAAGUCGUAGAAGAGGUGUUAAACAUCAAGCAGUUCACGUAGGAGGGAAGCCAUUUUCAUGUUUAGAAUGUAAGAAAUGUUUUACCUGUAAAUCAUCUCUAUUUAAACAUCAGAGAAUUCACAUAGAAGAGAGGCCAUUUUCAGGUUCAGAAUUUUCGAAAUGUUUUAAGCAGAAAUGGGCUCUUGUUACACAUCAGAGACUUCACACAGGGGAGAAGCCAUAUUCAUGUUCAGAAUGUGGGAAAUGUUUUCCCAACAAAUCAGCUCUUAAUGCACAUCAGAAAACUCACACAGGGGAGGAGCCAUUUUCAUGUUCAGAAUGUAGAAAAUGUUUUAGAUGUAAAUCAGAACUUCUAACGCAUAUGAGAAUUCACACAGGGGAGAAGCCAUUUUCAUGUUCAGAAUGUGGGAAAUGUUUUCAUACUAAAUCACAUCUUGUCACACAUCAGAGAAUUCACACUGGAGAGAAGCCAUUUUCAUGUUCAGAAUGUGGGAAAUGUUUUCCCAACAAAUCAGCUCUUAAUACACAUCAGAAAACUCACACAGGGGAGAAGCCAUUUUCAUGUUCAGAAUGUAGAAAAUGUUUUAGAUGUAAAUCAGAACUUCUAACACACAUGAGAAUUCACACAGGAGAGAAGCCAUUUUCAUGUUCAGAAUGUGAGAAACGUUUUUAUCAAAAAUCUGUUCUUGCUACACAUCAGAGAAUUCACACUGGGGAGAAGCCAUAUUCAUGUUCAGAAUGCGGGAAAUGUUUUCCCAACAAAUCGGCAUUUAAUACACAUCAGAAAACUCACACAGGGGAGAAGACAUUUUCAUGUUCAGAAUGUAGAAAGUGUUUUAGAUGUAAAUCAGAACUUCUAACACAUAUGAGAAUUCACACAGGGGAGAAGCCAUUUUCAUGUUCAGAAUGUGGAAAAUGUUUUCCCAACAAAUCAGCUCUUAAUACACAUCAGAAAACUCACACAGGGGAGAAGCCAUUUUCAUGUUCAGAAUGUAGAAAAUGUUUUAGAUGUAAAUCAGAACUUCUAACACAUAUGAGAAUUCAUACAGGGGAGAAGCCAUUUUCAUGUUCAGAAUGUGGGAAAUGUUUUCAUUCUAAAUCACAUUUUGUCACACAUCAGAAAAUUCACACUGGAGAGAAGCAAUUUUCAUGUUCAGAAUGUGGGAAAUGUUUUCCCAACAAAUCAGCUCUUAAUACACAUCAGAAAACUCACAUAGGGGAGAAGCCAUUUUCAUGUUCAGAAUGUAGAAAAUGUUUUAGAUGUAAAUCAGAACUUCUAACGCAUAUGAGAAUUCACACAGGGGAGAAGCCAUUUUCAUGUUCAGAAUGUGGAAAAUGUUUUCCCAACAAAUCAGCUCUUAAUACACAUCAGAAAACUCACACAGGGGAAAAGCCAUUUUCAUGUUCAGAAUGUAGAAAAUGUUUUAGGUGUAAAUCAGAACUUCUAACGCAUAUGAGAAUUCACACAGGGGAGAAGCCAUUUUCAUGUUUAGAAUGUGGGAAAUGUUUUUAUUCUAAAUCACAUCUUGUGUCACAUCAGAUAAUUCACACAGGAGAGAAGCCAUUUUCAUGUUCAGAAUGUGAGAAACGUUUUUAUCGAAAAUCAGUUCUUGCUACACAUCAGAGAAUUCACACUGGAGAGAAGCCAUUUUCAUGUUCAAAAUGUGGAAAACGUUUUUACAGUAAAUCCUCAUUUGUUCUACAUCAGAGAAUUCACACAGAGGAGAAGUAAUUUUCAUGUUCAGAAUGUGGGAAAUGUUUUAAAGGGGUUGUCCGAGUUAUUAAAAAAAAAUAAUAUAGCACUGAA